AUGAUCCUAUUACAUACAUGUUUAUACUACAUACUUAUAUAUAUAUAUAUAUAUAAACCUAGUGAAGAAAUAGACAAAAAGAAUAUCAAAGACAUCAAAACAACAUUCGAUGAAGUCCUAAAUUCAUAUAGACAAAUCAUCAAUGCUUCAUCCAUGUUUGAAGAUUUAAUCAAUUCAUUAAACCCAUACAAAACGAAGAUAAAAUUGAUAAGAUGUUUAGCUAUAGGAAGCUUCCAUCAAGAUUUACCUGCUAGAUAUCAAUUAGCUUUAUUAUUAGAAAUAAUUCAAUACUUAUCAUCACACUCAACUGACAACAACAAUAACGAACAACAAUCUAUCACGGUAUCAAUAUAUGAUCCAAUAUUCGAUAAGGAUGAUCUAGAUUACAUUUCCACUAAACAACAAAAAGAAAACUGGAAAUUAGAAGAAUCAAUGCCUUUCGUAUCUUCUAAUGAUUUAACUCUAUUCUUCUUACCGCAUGCACCAUUAAAUUUAACUGAAACAAUAUUAAACAUAGAAAGACCAAAAUUAUGUCUAGCUAAUAAUAUUAUUACUCAUACUGAUAGAUAUACAAAAUUACAAUUAUUUGAGAAAUAUCCUUUCAUAAGUAAGUUGGUUCAUUCCUUAGAGUCCACUACACAACCAAUAAUACCGAAAGAUAUUGAAACUGAAAAUGAUCAGUUUGAAACUUUCAUAUCAAAGAAAAAUAAAAGAAGAAAUAGAAACAAUAACAACAAACACAUCAUUUAUAAAGAACCCACAAUAGAUUAUGAUUCAAUUGAUACAUAUUUUAAAAAUUGUUCCAUUUUAACAGAUUUCAAUAAUGGAAAAUUAUUAAAAGAUAUUAAAAAUACCUGGAUUAAUUCAUUCUCUGAUCUUACUUUACAUCUAAUAGAAUAA